UUUUGAACAUCAAUCACAGGAGUGAAAUUUCAAAUAUUAAGUCCAAGGCUUGGAGCUCCAACUCUUGCUUGAUUGGAACCUCCCAUCUCAGCUCUCAGGUGCUUGUGAGAGAGAUUGACUCUGGAGUAGGAGAAAAAUGGCGAGGAGAAUAGCCGAGAAUGGUGGUAUCAAGGAAGAGAGACCUUCUUUCUUCAAGGUCAUUCUUCCCGGUUACAACACUGAACAGUUGAGGAUUCCACCGCAUUUCCUAGAGCAUGGUAGAAAUGACCAACCUGAAAGGGCAACCUUGACAUGGAACAUGUCUUUAGAGCGUUCGUGGACUGUCAAAGUGUGUAGAACAAAAGAAGGUGUGUAUUUCAAGGAUGGGUGGCGGGAUUUUUUAAAUGAUAACUCAGUGAAGGAAGGUGACUUCCUAGUGUUCACCUAUGAAGGAGAUAUGCAUUUCAGCAUACGUGAUUACGAAAAUAAUUGUUGCAAGAGAGGCGAUUUUCCUACUAAUAAUGAACCACACGAAGAAUCCGCCCCUGCUAAGAGUACUAAAAGGAAUCCUGGUUGUCCAAAGAAAGAUUAUUCAGCUGAAUCUUUCCGGUCCAAGUUUCCUCAUUACACAAGAUCUAUCAAGAAAAAAUAUUGUGUGUACUCAAUUCCCACAGCCUUCUAUAGGAAGCAUCUUUCUGCAGGAAACUAUGAAGUUGCUUUCCUGAAGAUUUCAGGGGGAACCAAAUGGUUCAAAGUGAAGCUUGUCCCUUCCCUUCAAACAGCCUUCAUGUCUAAAGGGUGGUCUGUGUUUGCGCAUGAUAACCAAAUCGUGGUUGGAGAUGUUUGCGCUUUCGAGCUUGUGAAAGAGAACAAAAUGGUGGUUCACAUUCUCCGGAAGUGAUCACUGUCAAGCAAUUGGGAUGUGAGCGUUAAGGGUUUCUAACUGAUCAGACAUAUGCAAGCAUUGUAGCGACUUGCCGACUUCUAUUACUAGUUAAGUAGUUAUAUUGAAU